ACAUCGCCCGCAUGUCCCAUUAUCGCUCCUACAUCUGUUGUACCAAACUACUGGAAUACAUGGAACAUGGAAUCAGUUGAACGCGAAGGUUUGCCUCCGAAAGACGCGACACUCUUUCCUUCUUUCUUUCUCCCCACAAGUGAGCUGCUUGCAGCAAAUGGUGAUGUCAAAAAUGCGGAUGAUCAUCGUCUGCAAUUCCAUUCGUUGUACUGCCGCUUCAGAUUCGUUGAGCAUCCCGAAGUACCUGUCGUCGUUGCUCGCCGGGCCGAUGGAACUUUCCAGUGCCCAGCGUGUCUUCAAACAUAUACGACGUACAAAAAGAUGCACAACCAUGGAUCAAGAACGAAGGGUCCCAUCCACAAGGUUUCGGUGGCCAAGUGGGUCAACGCACGGAUGCAGCCAGUUAAACGCGAGAGUGAUCUCGAGGAUCAAGACGAGGAAAUUGAGGACGAGGACGCUGACGAUAUGAUGGACGAAGAAGAUAUCAUCGAAGAAUCCUUGCUGGCACCUGCAGAGGAAGGCUACGACGUGGCUCCGUCGUCACCUCUAGCAAACCCGUAUACACAGCUCACCCUUCCUGAAUCCUCUCCUCCUGUCAUCCCGGCUGCUCAACAUCGUCCCAGCUGUUCGGCCAUGCAGUCGAGCACUCAAGGUCCGGCUGAUUGGGACAUGCAGCUCUCGCAUCGGCAGCCGUCGACUGCAGCCUUUUCACAGCGUGUGGCGCGUAGUUCGACCGAAGACGAUAGCAUCGAGGUCACUGCCCCACCUCCAUCGCAAUUCACGAAGGUCGAUCCAAAGACUAAGCCAGCAUCAGCAAGGCCCGAGACCGUUCUGAGUCAAGCCGACAUUCAAGUCUUCGGUCCGCAGCCUGCUGAUGGCAGGGGCAUCUUUGCUAUUCCCUUCAUCCGUCCGUCUUCACGUCGGCGCUCCUGA